UGGUCGGUAAGUGGCGACGCACAGCAAGACGGGCAGCAGCAUCGCGUGUGGCCCACUGUGAGCGAACAGUGCUGUCAGCAGUAGCAGGAGGGGCAGGAGAGGCACCAGAGGGCCGGGGCGCGCCGGCAGGAACAGGGCCGGAACUGCGGCGUCAGCGGCUCGACAGCGGCAGCAGCGCCUCGGCGGCAGCGGCGGCUCGACGGCGGCGGCGGCGGCUCGAAGGCGGCUCGGCGGCGGCGUCUCGACGGCGGCGGCUCGACGGCGGCGGCGGCUCGACAGCAGCGGCGACGGCUCGGCGGGUCGGCGGCUCAGCAGCGGCCGCAAGAGGGCGGCAGGAGGGCCGCGAGAGGGCGGCGACGGGGCCGCAAGAGAGCGGCGACGGGGCCGCGAGAGGGCGGCGACGGGGCCGUAAGAGGGCAGCGACGGGGCCGCGAGAGGGCGGCUACGGGGCCGCUGCGGGCGGUGAAGGGGCUGCUGAGGGCGGCGACGGGGCCGCUGAGGGCGGCGACGGGGCCGCAAGAGCGGCGGCGGGGCCGCAAGGGCGGUGA